CAAGUCAAAAAAAAGAAAAUAGAGACAAGUCAGUUAAGUGUGCAGAAGAAAAUUUCGCAGCAUUUAGUAAGUUAUCUUCACGCAAGUAACUGACUCAUGAGUGAUGUAGUCAGCCUCUUAUUACGAGAAAAGACAAAAAUAGGAUUUAUAGAAGAAGGAGGAGAGAAAAAAAAUUCACUUUUUGGGUAAACCAAUGAGCUAGCAGCUAGUUAGAAUCACAGUUGGUUUCAGGCCGUUAGUAUUAUAAGUUCUGAAAUUUUUUUCAAAGUAGGCAGAGUUGAUCAAGGUUUUGCUUGCCAAACUCUGAAGUUUGAUCAGUGAAGAAGUGAGUAUAAAGUAUUAGAAAGAUUCAUGUUUACUGUUUAGUUGCCAUGAUACCCAGAAAGCCACAUUCAUAAUUGUAAAGUUUGGUAAGCAUGCAAUAAUAGUACAGGGAGGUGCUUGAGGAUUGUUUGAUACAGGUUUGGUAUACCAGUGAAGUGCAUAGACUUUCGCCAGUGGACUAUUUAUCUCCAAUGAAUAGAUUCUAAAAUCUACCAAACCAUUAUUCUUUGCUUGGCUGUCCCUUUUCUAAACUGUCAUGUAUUAACCACCCCCUUUCUGAUAAUGUUAUCAUUCUGUAGAUUGGUUAGAGCUUUUUUUACAGGAAGAAUUGGUUCCCUGUUAUUAUACUUGAGUUGCCUUGUUUGGAUUGAAUUUGUUUUUUUUCCAACUGUCAGUUGCCUCUUCCUGUCUUUUCCAUUUUUCAGAUAAAGAACUGAGUUACCUAUUAUCAAAAAAACAGUAUUAAUACAAUAAUGUAUAAUAUAUUUUUCAUACUUAAGACUUUAAGUGUUUUGUACAAAUACGUGUGUUUGUUAUGUGAAUGUUUAUUUGGCUGUUGAUAAUGAAUUUUUCAUCACUUUGUAGUGCUUUAUUGCUUUUGUUUAGGUUGGCAAUGAUGAGUAAACUGGAAUUAAAAGAAGACAAGAUGCUGGAGGUUCAAUUUGUGGGAGAUGAUGAUGUUCUUAAUCACAUUCUUGAUAGAGAAGGAGGAGCUAAAUUAAAAAAGGAGCGAGCUCAGCUUUUGGUCAACACAAAAAAAAUAAUAAAGAAGCCAGAAUAUGAUUUGGAAGAAGAUGACCAGGAAGUCUUAAAAGAUCAGAACUACGUGGAAGUUUUAGGACAAGAUAUUCAAGAAUCUUUGAAAAAUGGCUCUGCUGCAGAUGGUGGGAAUAAAGUUUAUUCUUUUCAGAAUAGAAAACACUCUGAAAAGAUGGCUAAAUUAGCUUCAGAACUAGCAAAAACACCAAGAAAAAAUGUUUCAGUUAAUUUGAAGAAUGAUCCUGAAAUUAUGAUAAACAUUCCUCAAUGUAGCAAGGGACAUUCUGCUUCAGACAAAGUUCAGGUGAAGAACAACGAUAAAAGCGAAUUUCUAUCAACAGCACCUAGUGGUAUAAGGAAAAGAUUAAUAGUUCCAAGGUCUCAUUCUGACAGUGAAAGUGAAUAUUCUGCUUCCAACUCAGAAGAUGAUGAAGGAGUUGCACAAGAAUAUGAAGAGGACACUAAUGAAGUCAUAUUGAGCCAAAAGAUUCCAUCUCAGAAUAGAGUAGUUUCAGCUCCUGUUUGUAAAGGAACACCUUCUAAGAAAAUGAAAAGAGAUAAAACAAGUGAUUUAGUAGAAGAAUAUUUUGAAGCUCAUAGCAGUUCAAAAGUUUUAACCUCUGACAGAACACUACAGAAACUGAAGCGAGCUAAACUGGAUCAGCAAACUUUGCGUAACUUACUGAGCAAGGUUUCUCCUUCCUUUUCUGCUGAACUUAAACAACUAAAUCAACAGUAUGAACAAUUAUUUCAUAAAUGGAUGUUGCAGUUACGCCUGGGGUUCAACAUUGUGCUUUUUGGUUUGGGUUCUAAAAGAGAUUUACUAGAAAGGUUUCGAACCACUGUGCUGCAAGAUUCCAUUCAUGUUGUCAUCAAUGGCUUCUUUCCUGGAAUAAGUGUGAAAUCAAUCCUGAAUUCUAUAACAGAAGAAGUCCUCGAUCAUAUGGGUACUUUCCGCAGUGUACUGGAUCAGCUAGACUGGAUAGUAAACAAAUUUAAAGAAGAUUCUUCUUUAGAACUCUUCCUUCUCAUCCACAAUUUGGAUAGCCAAAUGUUGAGAGGAGACAAAAGCCAGCAAAUUAUUGGACAGUUGUCAUCUUUACGUAAUAUAUACCUUAUAGCAUCUAUCGAUCACCUCAAUGCUCCUCUCAUGUGGGAUCAUGCAAAGCAGAGUCUUUAUAACUGGCUCUGGUAUGAAACUACUACAUAUAGUCCUUAUACUGAAGAAACUUCCUAUGAGAAUUCUCUUCUGGUUAAACAAUCUGGAUCAUUACCACUGAGUUCUCUAACUCAUGUCUUACGAAGCCUUACCCCUAAUGCAAGGGGGAUCUUCAGGCUACUAAUAAAGUAUCAACUGGAUAACCAGGAUAACCCUUCUUACAUUGGACUUUCUUUUCAAGAUUUUUACCAACAGUGUCGAGAGGCAUUCCUGGUCAAUAGUGAUCUGACACUCCGGGCCCAGCUAACUGAAUUUAGGGACCACAAGCUUAUAAGAACAAAGAAGGGAACUGAUGGAGUAGAAUAUUUGUUAAUUCCUGUGGACAAUGGAACAUUGACCGAUUUCCUGGAAAAGGAAGAAGAAGAGUCUUGAAGCUGCCCUUUACUCUUCUUCUGUAGAAGGGUUGUUGGACCCCAGCUGCCACUCCUCUAAAGUGUUGUGUUUACAUCUAACAUUAGACUCUUUUUUCCAGUGUAUAAGACUUAAAGUUAGGAGGGGGAAUGUCAUCGAUUAGAACCUUGAUUAGCCUGGCUGGUGUACCAUCUCUAGUACUAUGCAGUGGUCCUCAAGUAGGAGAAAACGUGCCUUUCAUUCAUUACCUCUCUGGAGACUUCAUGCUGGAAUGAACAGUGUGCUCAGGGACUAUUUGGAGCUGGUUGUUUUUGAAUUCUUUUAUACUAGAGAUGAUAUUAUUCCUAAUUUUUUGAGGGCCUUUUAAACACCCCCCAGAGCUGACUAUUUGCAAAUGUGUUUAUUCUAGAGUAUGGAAGUACAAAAACAUUGGCAUCACAUAAAUCUACUUUAUUUGCUCUUCUGUCAGAGCUGAUGAGUAUAAAGGAGAAGGCAGAUCAUCUCCCUGUUCUUGAAAGGCUUAACAAAAGGUGUGUAAGACUGGGGAAGAGUAGGUGAUGUCGCUUUCUCCUUUUGGAGUUAGAUUACAUGCUGGUGGGGGUAGGGAGGAAGAGGGCAUGACACUAUUUCUUUGGGACAGUGGGAAAAGCAUAAUGAGUAUAUAAGAUGUGUACCCACCUUAGAAAGCACAUGAACAAUAUUCAUGGUACUUGGAACAAUUAAUAUCUGUGCCAUCAUCCUCAUGACACAAGUGAGAAGCCAGGCUACAGAAACACAAUUCUGAAUUACAUUUUAGUCAUUGUAUUCAAGAAAACAGAAAAUAAAAAUUCAGUUAUUCUUCUAUUGACAUUUUUUCUUCAGUAACAUGCAAGUGAGUAGCAUAUAAAUGGCUGCUUUAAUCUUGAUUUCUCUAUCAAGUAGACCUAAAACUCACUGUAAGACUUUUCAGUUUUUUUCUUAAAGUAAUAAUUUCAAGCCUUCGAAAUAUUUACACAAGUCUUUUUCCUUAGGAAAGAGAAAAAGGCUAACCUUGGCCACUGGUCAGCUUGUAGUCUUCACAUACUCCCUUAAAAUUAUUUCACACUUGGAAAAAAAUUCUUCAUUGAAAUACCACUGUAAUAAGAUAGGAGUGAAAAAUGCUGAUGCAGUACAUACUUUAACUUGUAAACCCCUUUCAUGAAAAUAUUUCCCUAAAUGCUCAGAGUUGGAAGUCAUUUAUUUGUGCCAUCUAAUUAAUUUUGUUAAAUCCACAUGAGAGUUUAGUCUUAAAUAUAAUCAAAAUAUUUAAACAAAUUUGUACAUGAAUUUGAUUCUAAAAAUUUUUGUCACCGAAGGAUAUUCAAUGAAAAGUGAGUUUUCCUUCCAGUCCCUAUGCCAACCAGUGAUAGGAGUUUAUUCCUCCAGAGGUAUUCUAUGCACAUGGAAGAAUAUGUCUAUAUCUCCUUUUAAAAACACAAAUGGUAGCAUAUGAUUCGUACUGGUUUGCACCUUGCUUUUUUUGCUUCAUGUCUAGUUUAUAACUUAUAGUAUUAUAAAGUAUAUAAAAUCUUUAAUGACCUAAUAUGCAAGUUUUACAUUUGCCCUUAAAUAUCUACUGGUUUAUUUUUAUAGUUUUUGUGUCCAUACUACUUGCAAGCAGUUAUGUGUCAAUAGUCUAUUAAUAAAUAAAAAGCCAAUUCGGAUAGAA